AUGGAGAAUGGGGACGAGCUGGACGAGCUGCUCGCGGGCGUGUACGAGAAUGAAGACGAGCUGGUUGCCAAGCUGAUGCAGCAGCUGCAGGGCCUUUCGCACAAGCAGCAGCGUCUGUACGGCAUCUGGGACGGCAACCCUGAUGCCGGCAAGCGCGCGUUUGUGGAGCAGUGGCGGCGCCGCCAUGCUGAGAGGCGGGCGAUGGUGGCGGCGAUGCGCGAUCCAUCACGUGAUCCCACAGAGCGCAUGGCCCUUCGUACGUCGUACAUCCUGAGGUGGCGGAAAGUGCUGUUCAGCUGUCCGAACUGUUGGCUUCUUCCGGGUCUGUGUGUGUGCGGUCGCAUGGGGCGGUACUUCCCUCAGAAGACCCGAGUGGUGGUGCACGCACACCACGGCGAGUGGGGCUCUGCGAGCAACAGCGGCUGUAUUCUUCCAGCCUCCUUGGAGGGAUCUGAGAUCCUACUGUACGGCCAUCCCGACCACGACGUCGCAAUGCGGGAGAUCCUGAACGACACCUCUCGUACGACAGCGCUGCUGUGGCCUGGGUCCGACUCUCUCCUUCCCGAGGGGCUGGCGGCGCUGGCUGGUCAGCGCACGGAGGGUCGCAUCACGGUGGUCGCUCUGGACGCUACCUGGGGGAAUGCCAGGCGCAUGCAGGGCUGGUUUCCGAAAGGCACUCUGACGGUUCGAUUACCCCCGGAGAGCACCCUCAAGGAGAACAAGCUGAGUCUGCUGCGACCCGUCAGAAGAUACCGAGGCGAUUUGGAGAGCGGCAGAGUCAGCACAGUCGAGGCGGUCGCGUCGUUACUGUACGAACUUGAGGGAGAUGAGGCCAUGUACCGCGGCCUCCUGGACAAUCUCAAGAUCAAGGUGGACGCGUGUCGGCUUCAAAAGAACCGUACCCUGGUGUACGACACACAAGCCCCGGAGCCGCCGUCAGCGCGGCGGCGUUACCGGGGGCGCGGUGUCGGCGCCGAUGGCGGCGGAGCGGGAGCAUCACACAAGGGUGGCGACGGUGGCGGCAGCCCUAGCCUUUCGUCGGCCAGCGAAGGGGAGGGCGGGGGGAAGGAGCAUGAAGAGGAGGGGGAGGCGGAGGGUGCUUAG